AUCAUCAUCACCGCUCGCACUACCGCCCUCUCCCGCCGGCCCGCCGCCUCUGGCUACCCGCGACGGCGCCGCUAUGCCGCUCGGCGGCGAUCGACUGCAGAAUGACACACCGCCAAUGCUGCUCGGCCCGCCGAGGUCCAUCCCACACGGGCCCCGCGGGGGAGGCGCCGGCGGUGGUGACAGAGGCGCAGGGCUGGCGGCUGCACCUCUCGAGUCGCAGCAGCACCGGCUACGGAGGCGUGCGCAAGCAGGAGCAGGCGUCGGGCUCGAGCGGCCGCCGACUUCCCUGGGCGUCGGGCCGCUUCGCGGCGUACCACACGGUGGACGGACGACGGGUCUACAUCGGCUCUUCGACUCGGCGGUGGAGGCGGCGGUGGCACGCGCGGGCGGAGGUUUCGGUGGACGGACAGGUCGCCGCCCGCCGGGCGCGAGGUGCGCUAGACUGGGAGACCACCUCACUAUGGAGCCUGGACCCGGUUCUCAUGAUUGUACAUGACUAGCGAUGUGUUAUAGUUC